AUGGAUAGCACAAGUAAAGGUGGAUGUUGUUCAUCUAUGAAUUGUUGUGGACCUGAAUGUAAUUGUCUUGCAAAGCAACAACAUACUCAGCUGACAAUGCAAAUGCAGAGUAAACCAAAGGAUAAGGAUUUGGAUGGCACAGAUGAUAGCGUGACAGUGUCAAAGGAUCAUCAUUCAUCAUCAUCAUCAAAGAAGAAACAUGCUAGAGGUAGAAACGAGACGAAAAAGUCAGAUGAAGAGGAUGACGAGGACGACGAUGCAGAGGAAGAGGACGACGUCGAUUAUAAUUAUGCCUAUCAUUCAGAUAAUGACUUGGGUGGAGGAGGAAAGAUGGACACUACAAAAGAUGAUGCUCCAUCUUCUGCAUCUUCUUUAAAGAAAGAAAAGGAUAGUAAUAGUAGUAAUAAUGGAAAUAGUAGUACUGGUAGUACUGCUAGCAAUGGUAAUAAUAUAAUAAAUACUACGAGUGGUAGUAGUAAUGGAUCAGCAACAAGUUUGGCAAAUGGAGGUGGAUACACUUCAUCGGCACUGUUACCUACUCGUCUGGGAGAGAAUGGAUGUGUCACGUGCAACUGCAACGGGUGUCAUCCUGCCGACACUACAGGCGAUGGACAGCUGCCACUCGAUACUAGCACAGACGAUGCUGCGUCAGAGACGAAUAGCACGAGUGCUGCCAGCCAGACACCCCUCCCCAAAUCAAAUGCUUCGACUGCCACGCCAACAACAACUGGCGCCAACGCAUCGUCGACCGGUGCAGUGUCGGCUGGAGCUGGUACAGGAGCUGCUGACGCCAUCCCACUCAAGAAUGGGUGUUGUCGUCCGUGUAUGAAAGCGUUCUCAGAGACUGGCAAAGCAUGUCUAUGCCAGGUUCCCUCGUCAGUACGUGUUGGAACAUUGCCAGACGGUGGAUGCAAGAUCUGUAAAUGCAAGGGUUGUCAUCCCGAUGAAUUGAGCGGUCGUCGUCCCAACAAUGGUUAUAAAAUGCAUGGCGCUCCACACCACCACGGUCAUCACCACCUUCCUCCCCACCAUGGUCAUCACCAUGGACACCAUUACCCGCCUCCACCAGGCGGUCUCUAUGACGACCGUCAUAUGCCACCUCCCAUGUACAUGCCAUACCCUCCUCCACACCAACCAGUCUACUCGCGUGGAGGUGGUGGUGGUGGAUCUGGGGGCUCCUCAUCCUCACACCACCGCGGUGGUGGUGGCGGCGGUGGCGGUGCAGGCCGUCCCGAGGGACUCUUGCCAUACCCAGCAUCAGAAUACGAACAUUCCCUCUCGGCACCACCAUACAUGGGAUUGGCACCACUCCACCCAUGGGAGGAAUACGACCGAUACAUCCAAGCUGACCCGUACCCACCCUCCUCUUCGUCGUCUGAAAGACGUGGAAGAGAACAUCGUCGUUCAUCAUCUUCAUCCUCUUCUUCAUCAUCCUCUUCAUUAUCUAGUUCACGUGAUAGAACUCCCUAUGACCGUAGACCACCUCCCCAAUCUGGUUACGAUCGUUAUUCAUAUGGAUCAGGUGGCGGCGGUGGCGGUGGCGGUGGUGGCAGCGGCGGAGGAAACAGUGGAUACGAUCGUAAACCAUCUCCUUCACGUGGUCAUCACCAUUAUCCAAGUGGUGGUAGCGGUGGUGGUGUUUAUGAUCGUGAUCGUCCAGCACCACGUGAUAGAUAUUAUAGUCGUAGUCCAAAAAGAGAAGAUUAUUAA